AUGCAAAACACGGAUCCUUUGAUUACUUACGAGUAUUGCAGCGAAGAAGCGAAAGCCAAAAUCGAAGCAAUCAAAUUGAUGGUCAGAUGGUUGUAUGGCAUGAAAAUCAAUACAUUAAUUGUUUUGCCUGAAAAUCAACACGAAGUGAUCGCGUCAAAUACUCUGAAACUCUUAAAGACAAUCCUUUCAACGGGCGGUGAUUUGAAUGAACAAAAUUUGGGCGGAACUUCACUAGAAAGGGCUCACUUACGACUGGCGGCCGCUCUCGGCAUUCUGAAGAUCGCGUCCAACGACGCCAUCACUUCGGUGUCGAGCAAUGGCGACAACACUUCAAAUUUUCAAAACCCGUCGACCACUCUAUCGAUAAUGUCAGCCGAACAAUGGCAUUCAUUGGCUACCGUUCUCUUGGAUUCCGAAGAGUUUGUUCGCGAAAAGUUUCUCAUUAAACUCCAUAAAGGGUUGAUGUCCUUAGCGUUAGGACUCGAAUUCUUAGCCAUUCUCUCUUUGGGCGGCACUUUCAACGGCGAGGACACCGUUGCCUUCAAAACCAAAUUGAGGUCUCGUCUCACAAACGAAUUCUUAGCCAUUCUCUCUUUGGGCGGCACUUUCAACGGCGAGGACACCGUUGCCUUCAAAACCAAAUUGAGAUCUUAUUUGUUGUUAAAUUUGGCCAAAAGACGAGAACUGAUUAAAUCGAAAUCAGUGGCAAACAUGAAGAGCAUAAUGCCUGACUGUGUGAUGCCUUAUGUCAUCCAUUUGUUGGCUUAUAUGCCGUUUUACAUUAAAUACGACGACGUCUCACAACUCGAGAUAAUUAAAGACUGUCUUUGGUUUAUAAUGGAACCGCUUGUGCUUAAGAACGAACACUACUCGUUCUCAUUCUUCAAGAAGACAUUCGAGAACAUAAAGGUUUGCGUCGAUCGCGUGUCUCAAUCGCAAGAAGCGGAUCCCAACUUCCCGACGACUAACCAAAUGGCAACGAUGACUAAUUACAAGAUAUAUUGCGGCUGCGAUUUAGCGCUCGGACUCGUUAUGAGUAAAACGCAAAACUUUCUUCUCAAAGACUUUCCCGUUCAGCCGUCUCUUCCAUCCAAAUAUUUUACCGUGUCGGCGUCGGCCUCAGACAACAACUUGAAGUGCUAUUUGCCGACUGAAAUGCAAUUCGCGCCGCCGAAGAGGUGUGGCCUCGAGGCUGAGAUUCUUGGAAAGAUUACUAAAUCGUUUCCUCAGUCGCCAUCAAUACCUCCGCCACAAAGAGGUCGGCCAUCGAAGGCAUCUCAACAACAGAUGCAACAAAUGAAACAACAGAUUGUUGUCAUCACCGGAGAGAAUGUGAUCGAAGAGGGAACGAACUCGUUUUAUAUGAUUAUAAAACAACUGAUGGAACGAAUCGCUCCAAUUAUGGUCGACCAUCAGGGUCUCCUAACUUUAUUCAAUUAUGUUUCGGAUUCACUUCUGAACGAUGGAGAGCUGGACAGUGAGAUGGGUGUCGAUAACUCUGCCAAACGGGGACUUCAACUCAUUUAUAGUCUUUCGUCUGUAUUUCCGGCACUCUUUCACGGAAGAGAGAUCUUCACAACAUAUCUGUUGCCGUUCUUAUGGCAAAGCGGAGAUCAACAUCAAGUCUCUGAACUAAUACUCCAGAUAUUGACAAAUAUCGGCGCUUCUGCUGGCGCUGAAGGCGGAAUGGAUGACUCGGAGUGUGUGUCGAUCCCGUGGUGGGCCGCCGAUGAUGUCAUUCCACGACUCGUCGAUCGAUUUGUUUUGAAAGCGUCGACAUCAAAGCAGGCAAAGUAUGCCAUUCAGUGCUUAAACGCUAUAAUUGGCGACGAAAAUGAAAAGAUGAGAAUCUUCGGAGAGAUUAUCGAUCAGAUAAAAGCGAGCGGUUUAUCAUUGGAAACGUCUCCGUAUUUCCGGAGCCAUUUGGUUACACUGGGAAUGAUAGCCAUCUGUGGCGGUCACUCAUUCUUUCCCAAAGUUCUUCGCUCUAUAAUUCAGAAAUUCAUUGUUCAGGGAUUGCUUAUGAAAGACAUGAAAACUGAACACGAAAUCAAUGCGUUGGAAGAGAGCGAAAGGCAGAGAGAAAACACGGAUCCUUUGAUUACUUACGAGUAUUGCAGCGAAGAAGCGAAAGCCAAAAUCGAAGCAAUCAAAUUGAUGGUCAGAUGGUUGUAUGGC